CCUGCACCAAUCACGGACGACACGGACGUGAUGAGCAACGCGGGCGUCGACUCGGAGACGUACGUCAAGGCGAUCUCGUCCAUCGUGGAAGAGAUCAUCAAGGCCUAUGAGAAGCAGGAGCCGGUCAACAUGACGCGGCUCAAGAACGACGUCGCCAAGGGCUAUCGCCUGCCGUCCAUGCCCAAGCUGGUCGACAUUAUCUCGGCGAUUCCGGAAGAGUACAAGGAAGAGCUACUGCCGUACUUGAAGGCCAAGCCCGUGCGCACAGCGUCCGGCAUCGCGGUCGUUGCCGUCAUGUGCAAGCCGCACCGGUGCCCGCACAUUGCAAUGACGGGCAACAUCUGCGUCUACUGCCCGGGCGGACCCGACUCGGACUUUGAGUACUCGACACAGGCGUACACGGGGUACGAACCGACGAGCAUGCGCGCGAUUCGCGCUCGCUACAACCCGUACGUGCAAACAAAGACACGCGUGGACCAGCUCCGGCGCCUCGGCCACAACGUCGACAAGGUUGAAUUUAUCGUGAUGGGAGGCACGUUUCUCUCGCUCGACAAGGAGUACCGCGACUACUUUAUUCGGAAUCUCCACGAUGCGCUCUCGGGCCACACGUCAGCGUCCGUCGCCGAGGCUGUCCGGUACUCGGCGCAGAGCCAAACCAAAUGCACGGCGAUCACGAUCGAGACCCGACCCGACUACUGCUUGAAGCCGCAUCUGAACGACAUGCUCGCGUACGGCUGCACGCGCAUCGAGAUUGGCGUCCAGAGCAUUUACGAAGACGUGGCGCGCGACUCGAACCGCGGGCACACCGUCGCGGCGGUGUGCCACUCGUUCCAGCUCGCCAAAGACUGCGGCUACAAGAUCGUUGCGCACGUGAUGCCGGACUUGCCCAACAUGGGCAUGGAGCGGGACCUCAAUGGCUUCAAAGAGUACUUUGAGAACCCGCUGUUUCGGACGGAUGGCCUCAAGAUCUAUCCGACGCUGGUGAUCCGCGGGACAGGCCUUUACGAGCUCUGGAAGACAGGCCAGUACAAGAACUACUCGCCCAACGAGCUCGUGGAUCUGAUGGCGCGGCUGCUCGCGCUCGUGCCGCCGUGGACGCGCGUGUACCGCAUCCAGCGCGAUAUCCCCAUGCCGCUCGUCACCUCGGGCGUCGAGAAUGGCAACUUGCGCGAGCUUGCGUUGGCGCGCAUGAAGGACCUCGGCCUCGCCUGCCGCGACGUGCGUACACGCGAGGUUGGCAUGAAGGGCAUCCACGACCAGGUGUCGCCGGAUCACGUCGAGCUCAUCCGGCGGGAUUACGUGGCCAACGGAGGGUACUUCAAGCAUCGUUCAAGUAUAUUUCUGGGUGCUCAUCAGUCGCAGGUGGGAGACUUUCCUCGCCUACGAAGACGUCGACCAAGACAUUCUAGUCGGCCUCCUUCGAUUGCGCCAAGCAAGUGCAACUGCUUUUCGACCUGAGAUCCCGCCGGGCACGUCCAUCGUGCGCGAGCUGCAUGUCUACGGCUCGGCCGUGCCGUUGCACGCGCGUGACCCGACCAAGUUCCAACACCAGGGAUUCGGGACGCUCCUCAUGGAGGAAGCCGAACGCAUUGCGCGCGACGAGCAUGGCUCGCGCAAAAUUGUGGUGAUUUCCGGCGUGGGCACACGCGACUAUUACCGCAAGCUCGGGUAUGUGCUGGAAGGCCCGUACAUGGUCAAGGAGCUCGAGGGUUGAGGGUUGCCCCAAGAUUCGCGUGCUAUCCGCAAAACCAUAUCUUUCAUUGACGCGCAUCAACAACCCAAAGUCUGCGUA